CCUGAGAGCAAAUGCAGUCCAGCAUAUGGUGUAAAGAAGCCAAAAAAAGCCGAAGUGAAUUACUGCCCCACCUAUCCGGCCGGUGAAACAGCAGAGACACUAGAAGAGAUAAGAGUGGCACUCCUCUCAGAAGUAAAUAAGAGACACAAUGAGCACAAGUUGGCGGCAAUGAUGGACAAGACCUUUGCACUCAGAAGGCAAGAGGUAGUUGCGGAGGCCCCCAUGAUAGCGGAUUUCAAAACAAGGUGGCCAGCUCUCUUCAAUGUGCGUGAGGUGAGUGCAGAGUUCAAGAGAAUCACAACGAUCCAUUUGCAGUCAAAGUUCUUCUCUGAGCUUGAUGUUCACUCUGCAAACCUGAUGAAGGCAUAUGCCAAGAAAUGUGGAGUUCAAGGGAGAAAAAUCAAGACCAUCAUGGCACCCAUAACCCAGACUGACACUAUUGAAGUCAGAAGAGAAUGGAUCCUCAAAGGUCUCUGCGUGUACCUUAAUGAAGAUCCAGAGAAGCUGGUGAAGCAAUACCUGGAUGUCGAUGAAAGCAGUCAAAUGGCCAUAGCGGAGACAGUAUUUGGAAUCUUUGUCAUUCAACAAGAAGGUGCAGAGCCUGGCGAUGACCCCACGGAUGUUGGGAUUGUCCUGGAGGGGGUGGAAGUGAUGAGUGAGUUGGGCAGUGUAGCUUUUGCUGUGGUGAUGUUGCUGGGUCUUGUCUACGCGCUAAACCUGAGCUACCCCCAGGAGCUCAAGUACACUUUUGAGGUUCUGCAGAAGAUCAUUAUGGAAUUGGAUGGAAACAAACUAUCGAACAAAGGACAAGUUCUCAAAACACUGCUUUCCCGUUAA